GAGGGGCGGGUUGGAGGGGCGGUCUGGGAUCGCGGCCGGAGAAAGAGGCGAAGAGGUGACUUCACAGAUAAGCUUUUAUAGGCACCACUCUCCGCCCGCCGGACGGGAGGCGGGGUGGCAGCCCGAUUAAAGAAGCAGCCUGGAAGGAAGGAAGAAGCGAGGGAGGGACGGGAACAGUUGGAGGAGGAGCAGCGAGCUGGGCUGCGGCGACCGGAGGAGGAGCGGCCCCCGCGAGGCCACGUUUUGUUUUUGUUAUUUUCCAUCGAAAUAGUUCUCGCAGGCCCUCCCAGAGAACCGAUCGCGCCGAAGCCCGGGAGCCCCGACCUUCCAGGUGACAGCUGGUCACCCUGGUAGGAGUCAGCUCCGCCCCAAGUCACCCCCUCCGGCGCACAGCCCAUUCCCCGCCCUGCCUCCCAGUGCCCGCCCGGGGCGAGCGCGGCGGCCGCAACGGCUCUGCAGCGCUGGAACCGGCGGCGACCGGCGGAGGCGCGGGGCCCUCGGCGUUGUCCUCUGACCCAGCGGAGCCGCGGACGAGGAAGGGGGAAGUGCGGCCCCAGGCUCGAGCCGGAGAAAGGAGGAUAGCGAUUUAACCCGCCCUCUCCUGCCAGUCCUGCUGCCGGGCUCUCCCCGGGUGCCCGCCGCCAGAGCCUGGGAGCCGCGCCCGAAGUGCCGCAUGGGGCAGGGCCACUAAAGCGCGGAGUUCGGGGUCGCGCCGAGGCGGGCGCAGGGGCCCAGCGCGGCUGUUGGCACAGUUUCGGCGGCGCCUUCAACGCGAGAACUGGGGGCGCGGCGCGCCGAUCCGGCCGCCUCCGUGCCCUCGGGAGGCGCGAGUUAUGGAGCCCCCCAGCUGCCUUCAGGAUGAGCCGUUCCCGCACCCUCUGGAGCCCGAGCCGGGCGCCACUGCGCAGCCUGGCCAGGGGAAGCCGGGAGACAAGAGGUUCCGGCUGUGGUACGUGGGAGGGUCGUGCCUGGACCGCAGGACCACGCUGCCCAUGCUGCCCUGGCUCAUGGCCGAGAUCCGCCGGCGCAGCCAGAAGCCCGAGGCGGGCGGCUGCGGGGCGCCGGCGCCCCGCGAGGUGUUCCUGGUGCUCAGCGCGCCCCUCCUGCGCUGCGUGCCCGCGCCGGGCGCCGGUGCCGCUGGGGGCUGUGGCCCUACGGCCGCGCAGCCCAACCCGGCAGUGUUCAUCUUCGAGCACAAGGCGCAGCAUAUCUCGCGCUUCAUCCACAACAGCCACGACCUCACCUACUUUGCUUACCUGAUCAAGGCGCAGCCAGACGACCCGGAGUCGCAGAUGGCCUGCCACGUUUUCCGCGCCACAGACCCGAAUCAGGUUCCCGAUGUUAUCAGCAGCAUAAGGCAGUUAUCGAAAGCUGCCAUGAAAGAGGAUGCCAAACCCAGCAAAGACAACGAGGACGCCUUUUACAACUCACAGAAGUUCGAGGUCUUGUACUGUGGCAAGGUGACCGUGACCCACAAGAAGGCGCCAUCCAGCCUCAUCGACGACUGCAUCGAGAAGUUCAGCCUGCACGAGCGGCAGCGCCUGCGGGUCCAGAGCGAGCCGCGCGCCGCGGAUGCCGGCGAGGACCCGGCCGUGUCGGAGGCCCAGGCGCCCGCUUCCCCCGCCGACGUUCUGUCCGAGGAAGGGGAUGGCGUCAACGACACCCACCCCGUCUUCCCCGCGGCGCCCAGCCAGCCUGGGCCGUCCAGCUCUCGAGUCUGCUUCCCUGAGCGGAUUUUGGAAGAUUCUGGUUUUGAUGAACAGCAGGAGUUCCGGUCUCGGUGCAGCAGCGUCACCGGUGUCCUGCAAAGGAAAGUUCAGGAGAACAGCCAGAAAACGCAGCCGCGGAGGAGGCAUGCCAGCGCGCCCAGCCACGUCCAGCCCUCGGAUUCGGAGAAGAACAGAACGAUGCUGUUUCAGGUUGGACGGUUUGAGAUAAACCUUAUCAGUCCAGACACAAAAUCACUUGUGCUUGAGAAGAAUUUUAAAGAUAUCUCUUCUUGUUCCCAGGGUAUAAAGCAUGUUGAUCACUUUGGCUUUAUCUGUCGGGAGUUGCCGGAGCCCGGGCUGAGCCAGUAUAUCUGUUACGUGUUCCAGUGUGCCAGCGAAUCUCUGGUUGAUGAGGUAAUGCUGACUCUGAAACAGGCUUUCAGCACGGCCGCUGCCCUGCAGAGUGCCAAGACCCAGAUUAAGCUGUGUGAGGCCUGCCCUAUGCACUCUUUGCAUAAGCUCUGUGAAAGGAUUGAAGGUCUCUAUCCGCCAAGAGCCAAGCUGGUAAUACAGAGGCAUCUCUCGUCCCUCACAGAUAAUGAGCAAGCUGACAUCUUUGAACGAGUUCAGAAGAUGAAGGCAGUCAAUGACCAGGAGGAAAACGAACUUGUGAUUUUACAUCUGAGGCAGCUGUGCGAAGCCAAGCAGAGGACACACGUACAUAUUGGGGAAGGCCCAUCGACUAUUUCAAAUAGUACAAUCCCAGAAAAUGCGACAAGCAGUGGAAGGUUCAAACUUGACAUUCUGAAAAAUAAAGCUAAGAGAUCCUUAACUAGCUCCCUGGAAAAUAUCUUCUCAAGGGGAGCUAACAGAAUGAGAGGUCGGCUUGGAAGUGUGGACAGCUUUGAACGAUCCAACAGUGUUGCUUCAGAGAAGGACUGCUCCCCAGGAGACUCCCCGCCAGGGACCCCACCAGCUUCCCCACUGUCCUCAGCUUGGCAGACGUUCCCUGAAGAGGAUUCCGACUCCCCGCAGUUUCGAAGACGGGCCCACACGUUCAGCCACCCACCUUCCAGCACGAAGAGAAAGCUGAAUUUACAGGAUGGGAAGGCUCACGGGCUUCGCUCCCCUCUUCUGAGGCAUAGCUCCAGCGAACAGUGCAGCAUCUUUUCAUCAGUUCGGCGCAUGCACAAGGAGAGUAAUUCUUCCUCCAGUCUUCCAAGUCUUCACACUUCCUUCUCUGCCCCUUCCGUCACUGCCCCCUCUUUCCUGAAAAGCUUUUACCAGAAUUCAGGUAGACUGUCCCCACAGUAUGAAAAUGAAAUCAGUGAUGGAGAGGGGAGAAAAAGGACCUCGUCUACCUGCAGCAAUGAGUCCCUGAACGUUGGAGGCACCCCUGUCACUCCUCGCCGAAUUUCCUGGCGGCAGCGCAUCUUCCUUAGGGUUGCCUCUCCAAUGAACAAAUCUCCCUCGGCCAUGCAGCAGCAGGAUGGACUGGACACGAGUGAGCUGCUGCCACUGUCCCCUCUUGCCCCACCCAUGGAGGAGGAACCGCUGCUUAUAUUCGUGUCUGGUGACGAUGACCCAGAAAAGGCUGAAGAAGGAAAAAAGUCGGAGGAACUGAGGAGUUUGUGGAGAAAAGCUAUACACCAGCAAAUCCUGUUGCUUCGAAUGGAAAAAGAAAACCAGAAACUUGAAGCAAGCAGAGAUGAACUCCAGUCCAGAAAAAUUAAAUUGGAUUAUGAAGAAGUUGGAGUAUGUCAGAAGGAGGUCUUAAUAACCUGGGAUAAGAAGUUGUUAAACUGCAGAACUAAAAUCAGAUGUGAUAUGGAAGAUAUUCAUACUUCUCUUAAAGAAGGUGUUCCCAAAAGUCGACGAGGAGAAAUCUGGCAGUUCCUAGCUUUGCAGUAUCGUCUAAGACACAGAUUGCCUAAUAAACAACAACCUCCUGACACAUCCUAUAAAGAGCUUUUAAAGCAGCUCACGGUUCAGCAGCAUGCUAUUCUCGUGGAUUUAGGGAGGACAUUUCCUACCCAUCCUUACUUUUCAGCACAGCUUGGGGCAGGGCAGCUGUCUCUCUUUAACCUCUUGAAAGCCUACUCAUUGCUGGACAAAGAAGUGGGUUACUGUCAGGGGAUCAGCUUUGUGGCUGGAGUCCUGCUUCUGCACAUGAGUGAAGAGCAAGCCUUUGAGAUGCUGAAAUUCCUCAUGUAUGACCUGGGCUUUCGCAAGCAGUACCGACCUGACAUGAUGUCUCUACAGAUUCAAAUGUACCAGCUGUCCAGGCUCCUUCAUGACUAUCACAGAGAUCUCUACAAUCAUCUUGAAGAAAAUGAAAUCAGCCCCAGUCUUUAUGCUGCCCCCUGGUUCCUCACAUUGUUUGCCUCUCAAUUUCCAUUAGGAUUUGUAGCCAGAGUUUUUGAUAUUAUCUUUCUUCAGGGAACUGAAGUUAUAUUUAAGGUUGCCCUCAGCCUGCUGAGCAACCAAGAGGCACUCAUAAUGGAAUGUGAAAACUUUGAAAAUAUUGUUGAAUUCCUUAAAAGCACGCUCCCUGAUAUGAAUUCCUCUGAAAUGGAAAAACUUAUCACCCAGGUUUUUGAGAUGGAUAUUUCUAAACAGUUACACGCCUACGAGGUGGAGUAUCACGUGCUGCAGGAUGAGCUCCAGGAAUCUUCCUAUCCCUGCGAGGAGAGCGAACCCAUGGAGAAGUUGGAGAGGGCCAACAGCCAACUGAAAAGACAAAACAUGGACCUCCUAGAAAAAUUACAGGUAGCUCAUGCUAAAAUCCAGACCUUGGAAUCCAACCUGGAAAAUCUUUUAACCAGAGAGACCAAAAUGAAGUCUUUGAUCCGGACCCUGGAACAAGAGAAAAUGGCUUAUCAAAAGGCAGUGGAGCAAAUUCGGAAGCUGCUGCCAGCAGAUGCUCUGGCCGAUUGCGAACCGCUGCUGAGAGACUUCAACUGCAACCCUAACAGCAAAGCCAAGACAGGAAACAAGCCGUAACUGAAGACGUGCCACCCCAGCAGGAAGUGCUCUGAGGAUGCUACCGACAGAAGGAGUGUGCAUGCCGCUGGCCCAGAGCUGACAGAACCACUGAACUGGUUCCGAGCCCAAGUCAGAGCCGGUAACCCUCGCUCUCCUUAGAGCAUGCCAGUUCUAAGCCAUUGUACAUAUGUAGACUGUUUUUUGCUGUCCUUGUUGACUAUGUACAUAUAUAUAUAAUGGACAUAAAGAGUUCAUGCUUUCACAUAAAGGAGUAGUGUAUAUUUAGAGCAGUUUUUUUAAAGAAAUCAACACUUCAUGAAAUCCAAACCAAAGGGAAGUUAAAAUGAAAUUCCCCUUGGACCCAUGUGAAAUCAUUUGUUUUUGUAGUGAAACAAAGCUAGAACAUCUUUGUAUAUUGAAAUAUACUUGAAAAAAAUGAAUGUAUUUUUUUCUCCAAAGAACAGCAUGUUUCACUCAGUGCUGGAGAGGUGGAAACAUUUGUGUCGCUUUAUGUGCAUCUGUCUUAAAAUCUACGGACAUUUUUAAUAUAUAUAUAUGUAUAUGAGGAAAAUGACUGAUUGCCAGUCAGGCUCCUUAUGGGUUUUUCAGGAACGUAGGGGCCGUCCCCUGCUGCCUGCUUUGUGCCAACGAGCAUGUUGCAUCUACAUGCGUUUUGAGUCUGGUCAGGCAUUACUUUGGGUGUGUGGAAGGAGAAAGCAAGAGUGUGGCUGAGUUUGCCCACCCAGCUCAAAGUGAAAGAGAACACUACUAAUUUUCUAGUAAAUUAGACCAGCAUUGUUACUUAAACGAAAAAUAUCAGUCCUCAAAAAUUUAAUUUAGGACCUAAAUUGUCUAGAUCUACUUUCUACCUUUUUAUUCAAAUUAUUCCUACAGUUGUGAAUGAACUCCCCUUUCCUUGGUGCCACAGUUGGUGAUAAGGAUUUGCCAUUUCCCACUAAAAUGUAGGCACUCUUACCUUAGUUCUCUCUACCUUAAAUGGAGGAUAAGGAAAUGAAAUUAUGAUUGGUUUUCUAAAGAUGAUGUACUGUGUUGAGAUACGUUGUUGUUUUUUUUUUUUUUUUUUUUUUUUUGCCAAUUGACAGGUCUGAUAAGCUUGUAAUCAUCUUCCCCUUCCAUGUGACAAUUUAUGAGAACUGUGGAAUAUUUUAAGUAAACUGUUGAAAUCCAUGGGAGGGAAGGGAAGGAGAAAGCCCUUCUGAAACCUACAACUCUGCAUUUGGACGCCUGACUUUCUCAGUCUACAGAUAGAUUAUUCGUAGACAUUCAUGCAUGCUGGGUGAAUGGAAGGAAAGUAACUUAAAAAUUAAGUUACACAUGGAAUUUCUCCAUUUCAGAGAUGAUUCUAUGAUAGUGCCUCGGAAAGUUGAUAACAGCGUUUUUGCCUUUCCAAACAAUAUUUUUCGUUACUGCUUUUUGCAGUACUUGUAUCAUCACAGAUGGAUUACCUGGGAUAAUUUUCUUCAGAGGGAGUUUGUUAUACACAAGCUACAAUGUAUUAUAGAGUAGAAGAAUAAAGCUCUAAAGGUUUCAGGAAACCUUGAUGAGCAGAUGAUAAGCAUCUCAAACCCCAUUACUCAGUGUAAUAUAGUGACUCUUGUUACAAAUCAGCAUGCCCUCUAAUCCAGGCAGUUUCUCAAAAGAAAAUGAAGUCUUACUAGUAAAGUUAACGUAAUUUCUAAGUUCUAGAAAAUGCUGACCCAAUCAGUUGGGGCCACCAACUCUUUUGUUGCUUGGAUUUCCCUCAAAUUUCUCUAUUUGUAGGAGAGGUAUUUUCCUAUGAGGAAUAUGACAAAUAUUAUCUGGUUACUGUCUGGUGAUGAAAAUUACCUCAUGUGUAAUACACAGGUGGUAGCCAGGGAAUCUUCAAGUUGGGAAAAGAAACUUUUCCUUUCAGUUGUUCCGUUUAAAGUAAAUUUUAUUCUGGGUGUUCAAAGUCAACGUUAGAGUUGUAUUAUGGUGUUCGGAGCUUAAGUUGUCUUGGAUACAAUAUUUCUUUUGAAAAUGAAUUUUUCUUUUGUGAUCUUUUAAAUGUUGCCACGAUUAUGCUUCAUGCAUUGUUACAUCUUCAUCCUAUUAAUGUAAUGUCUAGUUCAUUUCCAAUAAAUACAUUGCUGCAGUUUC